GCGCUGUUAUUUCUACCAAUCAGCGUGCACCAUCUGUAAGCAUGGCGUCGGACUUCAGAUGGAGAUGUACUGUGCUGUUGCUCUCUGUGUGUUUGAUCAGCAUUUUAGCCGCGGAUAGUAAAAACAACAAGCCCAAGAAGAAAAAAGAUAUUCGGGAUUACAAUGACGCGGAUAUGGCAAGGCUUCUUGAGGAAUGGGAGAAAGAUGACGAUAUCGAGGAAGGAGACCUUCCAGAACACAAGAGGUCCUCACCGCCGAUUGACUUCAACAAGGUAGACCCUUCCAAGCCCGAAGAGCUGCUGAAGAUGUCUAAGAAGGGAAAGACCUUGAUGGUGUUCGCCACCGUGUCAGGAGACCCCACCGAGAAAGAGACGGAGGAGAUCACCAGCCUCUGGCAGGGAAGCCUUUUCAACGCCAACUUUGACAUUCAGAGGUUCGUCGUGGGCUCCAACAGAGCCAUCUUCAUGCUGCGUGAUGGCAGCUUCGCCUGGGAGGUCAAAGACUUCCUCAUCUCCCAGGACCGCUGUGCCGACGUCACUGUGGAGGGCCAGGUGUUCCCUGGGAAGGCCGCCAAGAAAGAAGACGGAAAAGCAAAGGUGCAAAACGAAGUAAACGUGAAGAAGAACAAGAAGAAGAAGAAGAACGAGGGGGCGAAACCGGACUUGGAGGGAAACAGGUCCAACAAGCAGGAGCUGUGAUGGUCAGAACAACCCAGAAACAAGAUGUUCCCCGUCACCCCUGAAGACUGAGAGCCUCGGUUUGACCUGGAUUCUGGCUGUUCCUCUCUGACUCUGGUCAGCAUCCUCCAUGUUACAUGCACCUAUUAAAGACCCAGACCUGCAUCUUCAAAGCAGUUGAGGUUAAAGGGGGAAAUGCUGAUCCCAAGUCAGUUUUACGACUCUGAGAUCGUUGCUUCCUGUCGGAGUGAGGGUCAACAGACAGAUCUAUGAGCACAUGUUGUAGCUCUGAGGUUUACUGUGUUUUUGCUGAGUUUCAAGUUCUAUAUGUUUUUUUUGUUUUGUUUUUUUACUGCUGAGUUUUAACCAAGCCACCGUUUGGUUAAUGUUCAAUUUGAUCAUCCAUCCCUACGUGAAUGUAUAACUCGUUUAUGUCUAGUAAACUAAGGCCCAGUUUCCCAGACAUGUACUAAGCUAGUCCUAAAGUAAGAGAACAAUUCAAUGAAGAUCUCUAUUGAAAACGUGUUUAGUCUAGGACGAGUCUUAACCCAUGUCUGGGAAACUGGGCCUUAAAGAACUAUACAUUUUCCAAACCCAAUUUAGGAUUUAUGACGUUUUCAUACUUGUGCCAAAAUAGUUUUCUGUUCUUGUGAAUAUUGUACUGAAUGGACAAAUACAGAAUCGUAUCUCAGAUGACUUGAUUGUGUUAUGCUUAUAUAACUAUCUGAUAAUUUACCCUAUUCCCAAUACUAUCAGCAUCACAGCAUCAUUUGUUGGGCUCUUUUUUUUUAAAUUGAUUUCCACCAAAUAAACUGUUGGAGUUCCACCUUUCCUCAGAAA